AUGCCCACCACUUUGACUGCUACCAGAUCACAAGCCUUCAAAGGUGACCUGCUCAUCAAAGACCUGUUUAUCUCGAACCCUUUCGAAGCGGACCCAACCUCAAGCUAUAACGCUACUACGAGUGUGAUCGUCAUUGAUGAGGACCAUCUUGACGAGACACCCAAACGCUGCCAAAUCGAGUGGAAGGCUGGCGUUAGCACACCAGACUCAGCUCAACACCAAUGCGAGAACAAUACUUUGCGAGUCUGGUUUCCCAAGAAUACCUUUCGAGGCGUUGGCAACUUUCAACUGCAACUGGCCCACACUACGAUCGAUACUGAGCAAGUCAAACCUCCAUUAGUUUGA